GUUGACGGCCUUCUCUCGCUCUGACGACUGCUCAUCCUCUGCUUCUGUGUUCUGACAUCCCUCCAUCUGGUGCCACCUGCACCCAAAGCUGCCGCCUUGUCUUUGUCUCGUGUUCCCGCUGAGGCCCUUGAGCUGCGCCGCCCACCGCCCGCGAUCCUCACAUCACGUCGUUUGGCGCUUGUGAAGCGGUUCAACCACCACCCCAACCAUGCCUCACGACGGCUCCGACUCGCCCAGCGACGACUAUUUCAACGACCUGUCGCAGCAGCCCCUCGGCGACCAGAAUGGCAGCGCCCCGCCGCCGAGCGGCCGGACAAACAGCACCGAUGAGCAGAGGGAUGGCGAUGCUGCGAGCAAAAUCAAGCGCAUAGCCUGCGUGCUGUGUCGGAAGAGAAAGUUGAAGUGCGAUGGCGCGAGACCGACGUGCGGGACGUGCAAAAGACUUACGCACGAAUGCGCAUACGAUGAGGUGCGCAAAAAAAGCGGCCCAAAGCGAGGAUAUGUGAAGAUGCUGGAGGCUCGUUUGCAGCAAGUCGAGACAAUGCUGAAGAGCCAGGACGCUACCGAUCCCAAAGAUGCGCCUCGCACCACCUCGUUCAGCGCCAAUCCAAUCGGACCCCAGAUGUCAGAGGGUUUCCUACCCAUGGGUAAUCCAGAUCGCAUCCAUGGGCCGUUUCCAGACUCCAUGUCGCCCUCUGACCAAUUCCCCACGCUCAAUACAAACCCUUCGACAAACGCGAACUCUGGAGAGGAAGAAUUCCCUUGGGAGAUGAUUGGCUUGGGUCUUGAUGAGCCUUUGCCGCCUCAGGAUGUCAUUACCGAACUACACCAGAUAUACUUCACCAAAAUCCAUCCUUCAUUACCGAUUAUCCACAGACCACGAUAUUUCGCUGCUAUGAAUCUCGCACACCAUAUGAGGCCUCCAGUCUGUUUGCGAUACAUUAUGUGGUGUCUCGCUUCUUCCGUCUCCGACAAAUACGAGGCGCUGCAAGAGCAUUUCUACCAUCGCGCCAGGAAAUACGCCCAAAUGGAUGAGAUGAAAGGACACGGAGAAUCGAUUAUUACUCUCGCACAUACUCAAACCUGGAUUCUGUGCGCAACCUAUGAGUUCAAGCAAAUGUUCUUCCCUCGGGCCUGGCUCAGCUCUGGACGAGCUUCCCGACUUGCGCAGAUGGAGCAAUUGCACCGGCUGGACGGUGCUGGUCUCGACGUGAAGCAAUGUCUGCCCCCACCAAGAGACUGGACGGAGCGGGAGGAAAGACGGAGAACAUUUUGGAUGGCGUUUGCUAUAGAUCGCUAUGCUAGUAUUGGAACUGGCUGGCCAAUGUCGAUUGACGAAAAUGAUAUAAUGACUAAUUUGCCCGCCUCUGAGGAGGCUUUCGAAAGGAGCAAGCCAAUGUCGACCAGCUCGCUUGAACAAGCAAUGCAUUCCAACGGAACAGGCUUCAUUUCGCCGUUUGGCGGAAUAGCACUUACUGCCGCGCUGUUUGGUCGCAAUCUGCUCCACUUGCAUCGGCCGACGCCAGAGGAUAGAGACGAGGAUAUCAAUGGUGUGUUCUGGAAACGGCACCGCGAACUCGAGAACAUUUUGCUGGGCACCUCUUUGGGCCUGCCAGAUCAUCUUAGGCUACCGGGUGGCCUCCCUGAUCCCAACGUGGUUUUCUUGAACAUGAGUAUCCAUACUUCCGCGAUAUGUCUCCAUCAGGCAGCUAUUUUCAAAUCCGAGAAACAUCGCUUGGCUGCGCAGAUCAGCAAUGAGAGCAAGAUUAGGUGUGUCUCUGCUGCAGCAGAGAUUGCAACAAUCAUGCGGACGAUCAGUCAUCUCGACCUGGGCAUGAUGAACCCAUUCAUAUCAUUCUGUGUUUACGUCGCUGCUCGAGUGUUCGUACAAUACCUAAAGACUCGGCCCAACGAUAGCCAGAUGACUGCCUCGUUGCAAUUUCUCCUGCAAGCAAUGCAAGCGCUCAGGCGCAAGAAUCCUUUGACGGAAUCGUUCCUUGUCCAGCUGGAUCUGGACCUUGAGAGUGCUGGGGUGUCUGGACUUCAGGCUAAGCCAUACUUCAAUCCUCCCCCGAAGGGUCCCGAGUCAAUACCAGUAAACACUGAUUCUUUGGAAUGCAGUCCACUCUACACGAUUCGGGAAUCACAAAAUCCAAAUGCUCCAAUGAACACCUUUGGAAACAACGGCAUUAGAGCACACGGCUCACCUCAGGUACCGGGCUUGUCUCCCAGUGUGGCAGCCCAUGGGUCCACUUUCAACCCCACACACGUUUCACAGCACCCCUCACAUGUUUCACAGCCCAAUAUGAACAUGGACGUACAGCCAACGUCGUACUCGUACAUCCCAUCCCAAUCAGAGGCCCACAUAGAGCUUCCACAGCGAAGCAAGGCGCCCGCUUUGCCUCCAAACAGCAUCCUCCUACCACCAAGCACCCGGUCAACCUUCGAUCAAACCCAAACCGACUCGGAAAUGGACACCUCCCCCGACGCAAGCGUCGACCAACCCACACCGUCAACGUCGCACUCGCAAUCCCACCGCGGCUCCUCAUCCAACACUUCGGGCUUCACUCCGCCCCAGCACCAAGACGACCCCCAGAACCCCCAGUCCUUCUCCCGCCUGCAACAGCGCACCGGCCCCUCGCCUAACAGCACCAACUCCCUCACCAAUUUCCCGGACAUGUCAACCACCUAUCCUGCCCGCACAGCGCCCUCCCAGAACCCCGCCGCCUUCUUCCCCGCCGGCACCACCGGCGUACAAUUCGACCCGGCGCUUGGCGGCAUCGGCUCGAACUUCUUCCCCGAGACCCCAGACCCGGGCCAGGAGGCUGCGGGCAGCGGCGGCUUUAUCAUGAACAACGACUGGGACAUUCCCACGGGCGGAGCGGGCAUGACGCCCAUGUCAGACGGCGGGUUCAACAACUUCCUCGAGAGCAUCCAGAUGGGGUGGGAGAGCGUGGGGCCGCCGCAUCCGGAGGGGUGGGAGCAUAGGAAGUCGUAGACUGCUGCGAGCAGAGGAGUGUGCGAGAAAAAGUAGUAGAUAUACCCGAUGUUUGUCUUGCGAGUUGGAUAGCUGGGACGUCUAUUCGCUAUCGCUUUUGCAUGUUUGUGCGUUUCGGAUACGCAACGCAAUUUGCAGUUUCCAUGGCUUUUGGUUUUACGAUAUUUUGCAGGCCUUGAAAUAUUUUCUUAGGCGCAAUCAUCUUUCGCUUUUCGCUUACCGUUCGUGGCUUUUUCUACGCGCUUAUCUUCUUAGCAAACACCCUACAUUACGAGAUAUCGUUUACUGUAAUGUGGU